UGCUCGGGUCAUUGUGGUCAUUGUGCACCGGUUCAUAUUUAUUGUGAAAGUAAAAACUAAACGCAUGUACAUGUCGAAAGACAUUGCGUUAUGUACAGACAUUAAUUAUCGAAAAUUGACUUUAAUCGUUACCCGACAUCGCAUAUAGUUGCGGCCAAAUAUGAAUGGCUUACUGACAGUAUCAGAAAUAAAGGUUGAACCCGUUGAUCCGGACGAGUCAGAAUCAGUAUGGUCGACAUUGCCUCCAUCAAUUGUACAGAUUUCAGAGCCUGAAGAGGUGGGAAACAAAUUUGACGUAAUCAAAAAAGAGGUUUGUCAAACUAUUGCGGCGUACAAACAAAAAUUUGAACUUGAAGCGCAGCAACGCUUAAGCCUGGAAGUAGCGUUACGCAAAGAAGUGAAACAAAGACAGAGUUUGGAGCAACAAGUUAAGGACCUGACCGGACAAGUCGAGACUGUAUCUAAGGAAAGGAAUGACAUGAAAGAAGAACUGCGUCAGAGUCAACACAAUGUCAAACGUUUACAAGAUGAGCUAAAUUUGAAGGAAUUGGAAGCGAAUGACCUCAACAAGCAAUAUCAAAAACUACUAAAGGAAAAAGCUUCCUUCAACAAAAUCUUUAAAGAUCGUCUGGCAACCUUUCUCAACGACGUCUCAUUUCCUGAUGCCGACAACAAUUUAGAGAUAGAAUCAGACUUCCUUGAAACAUCAGGCCAAACAGACAAGAAACGUUCUAAUGGAUCUGACACACCAUCCGCUCAAGACGAGAGUAAUACGACGUCAAAACGAUUCAAGACGAGCAAUCCCAGUUCGCCCGAUUCACAUGCAAGCUUGACAUUUGAAUUCGUAAAAGAGAGUGAAUCGGUUGUGGAAGCUCAACCAAUUUUGAAUGAUUCAGACAUUCCAACAAAAACCGAGCCUCUUGACGAAAAUGCUGCAUCAAACAGAAUUGAAACUUCAAUGGACAAUGUUGAAUCUGAUUGGCGUGGUGAUGUCAGCAGUUAUCUGGAUAUCGUGCUAAAUGAAAAACACGUCGAUGAAAAUUCAAAUCAUGAACGCCAGUGUCGAUCUGCCGGCAAUAGUGACAUGGCUGUUUCACUCUAUGAAAAUCCCAUUUCCAAUAAGCCGAGAAGUGUCAGAAGAAAUAUCAAAAGAAUUAUGGAAUACGAGAGCCUAACUCAGGAAACAAAACAAGCUUAUCAACAAGAGAAGGAACGGAAAAAGCAAUAUGCUCGACGAAUUCAAAAGUAUAACGAAACGUAUGGCAAAUUACCGGGCGAACUCAAUCAGAUGGACCAAAUAUUAUUGGAUUUCGAUCUGAACACCAAAUCCGAACUGUUGGCGGUUGAUAAACGACUGUCGACUAAAUUAAAACCACAUCAAUGCGAAGGCGUAAAAUUUAUGUGGGACGCAUGCUUCGAAUCUAUCGAAAAAUUACAUGGCAACAACGGAAGUGGUUGCAUUCUAAGUCACUGCAUGGGCCUGGGCAAAACGCUGCAAGUUAUCACAUUGGUGCAUACUCUGCUGCGACACAGCGACAAAACGAAUGUGAAGAAAGUUCUGAUCAUUUGUCCGGUGAACGUAAUUCUGAAUUGGGUCGAUGAGUUCGACAUUUGGCUGAAGUCGUUUCCCAAACAUGAAAGUGUCAAAGUCUUCGAAUUGGUGUCGAAUCCAGAUGACCGGACAAAUCAGUUGAGACAUUGGCAUUUAAAUGGUGGCGUUCUUAUCAUCGGGUACAGAAUGUUUCAGAUGAUGUAUCAAAACAUGGAACGACAAUUGCCAACCACCUAUGAAUCCACCCUUUCGUACAAGGCUCUCAUCAAUCCAGGUGCCGAUGUGGUUGUUUGUGACGAGGGCCACUUACUCAAAAAUCCAUCUUCUCAACUCAGUGCCACUAUUAAUAAAAUUCGUACGCUGCGACGCAUUGUGUUGACGGGCACCCCUUUGCAAAAUAACCUCAAGGAAUAUUUUGCAAUGGUUGAAUUCGUAAAGCCUAGACUAUUAGGCACAGAAAAAGAGUUCAGCAAUCGCUUCAUUGGACCUAUUGUUAAUGGUCAGUUUGUUGACUCCACCGAAGCGGAUAUUACAUUGAUGAAAUAUCGAGCCUACAUUCUCCACAAAUUGCUAGAGGGAUGUGUCCACCGUCGAGAUUACUCUGUUUUGGCCCAAUUUUUACCACCGAAAGAAGAACAUGUACUGUUUAUACGCUUGACGAAAAAACAGAUGGACUUGUACAAGUAUUACAUGGUAAAUUUCAUUGUGAGCAAGCCGGUCAAUGAUCUGCCACCGUUGCGAAGAAUAUGCAAUCAUCCCAUGGUCUUGGCCGACUUUGAGGAUCGUCACAAGUUGAAACCAUCAACGUCCGAUAAAACUGACACAGAUCGUCAGGCUGGCGAAAAUUUACCACAUAAACCGAACGGCUGGUGGAAACCAAUAUGCAGUGGUUACCAGCUUGAGAUGUCUAACAAAAUGCUCAUACUAUCGACCAUUUUGAGUGAAUGUGAAAUGCGUAACGAAAAGGUGGUUGUGUUCUCGGGUUGUUUGUCGACGCUUAAUGUUAUCGAACAUUUUCUGAAAAACAUAACGGAAACAACGCGAAACGUGAAGGCUUCGUCAACGGACUACAGAGGAGUGUGGAAACGUGAUUUGGAUUAUUCACGUUUGGAUGGUGGACAGAACGCUGAAAAGCGGAAAAGAGACGUCACAAGAUUUAACAAAGAAACGAAUACGCGAACCAGAUUAUUCCUGAUUUCGACGAAAGCUGGAAGCCUGGGCAUAAAUUUGAUUGCAGCCAACAGAGUCGUAAUAUUUGAUGCGUCAUGGAAUCCCUCAGACGAUAUUCAGAGCAUUUUCCGUGUGUACCGUAUCGGUCAAGAGAAAAAAUGCUACAUUUAUCGAUUCGUGUCGCUGGGCACGAUGGAAGAGAAAAUUUACGAUCGUCAGGUCUCAAAAUUGAGCAUCGCCAAACGGGUCAUCGACAAGCACCAAAUCGGUCGGCACUACAAAGAGGAAGACUUACAGCAAUUGUAUAGCAUCGACAAUCUCGAUCCACCAACGAAAGAACAUACAUACGCUCCGACUGAAGACUGCUUACUCAAUGUCAUAUUCCGAAAAUAUGGAGACAUUGUUUACAAACAUCACGACCACGAUUCGCUGUUGGAAAACGUGGCCGAAGAGACUGUAACAGAGGAAGAUGUUGGUGAUUUCUGGGAAAUAUUUGAAUAAUUUCUCAAUUCCAUUGAAUUAUUUCAUCAUUUAUGAUGGUUCGUUUGAGACGAACAUUUCCAUAACAAUAAAUACUUUGAACUGAAG